AACACAAACACGGGCGGUUGUCACAAAACAAACGAGUGAUUAAACUUAAAAAAGAGUAAUUCUUAAGCUUAGUUGCUCUCGCUCUCUUGGGGGGAAUAUGGCUUAAAGUAAUGAGAGCAUAUGUGUGUGUGAGAAAUCUUGAUACUGCAAUGAAUUUUAAACUCCCGCUUGCGAGUAGUAUUCAACAGUUUAUUGUUUAUUUGAAAGUGUGUGUGUGUGUAUUGCUGUUAUCUCCAACAUUUAAAGCCAAGAUUCUUAAUUAUUAAAUCCAAAAGAGCCUCAGCCUGUACCAGCAUUUUUGCCAGCACAUUUAAAUAAUAAACCCAUUUGUGACGAUAUAAUACGCAAAUUUUCACCCUCUAGACGUUUGGAAUCGAGGGAAUUAGCUAAACUUUUAGCACAACCACAUUUUCGGGCCCUCAUUCGUGCCCAUGAUGAAAUAGGUUACCUCUACGAAGCUCGUUUAAAAGCAGCCGGCGGUUCUCUAACAAAACUCGAAGCGAUAUCACAACGUAAAACUGGUGGCUAUCUCUUUCCAACCGAACUGAUAAACAAUACAACGAUGCCUGUGGAAACCAUUAAAAUGGUUGGAUUGCGACGCAUUCCAAAUCAACCUUUAGGUUUAACUGUAGAAAUUGACGAACACAAACAACUAGUAGUGGCACGUAUAAUGGCUGGUGGUGUUAUCGACAAACAAGGUUUACUAAAUCCUGGUGAUGUAAUAUUAGAAGUAAAUGGGACAGCAGUACGUACCCCAGAAGAUUUACAAGUUGAGGUGUCGCGUGCUAAGGAAAAUUUAACAUUAAAAAUUGGUCCCAAUAUGGACGAGGAAAUACGUUCAGCACGCUUAAUAAGUGGCCAGGUAAAACAAAAUGGUGUUGCAAAAUUUGAGCCAGGCAAGAAAAUGACGAGUUACAUGCGUGCCUUAUUUUCCUAUAAUCCUUCAGAGGACUCUUUACUACCCUGCAAGGAUAUUGGUUUGGCUUUCAAAUCUGGAGAUAUAUUACAGAUUAUCAAUGUAAAAGAUCCCAACUGGUGGCAAGCUAAAAAUAUUACUGCUCAAAGUGAACAAAUCGGUUUGAUACCUUCACAAGAACUGGAAGAAAGACGCAAGGCUUUCGUAGCGCCUGAAGCUGAUUAUGUGCACAAAAUAGGUAUUUGUGGUACAAGGAUCUCAAAACGUAAACGUAAAACUAUGUAUCGUUCUGUAGCCAAUUGUGAGUUCGAUAAAGCUGAACUAAUGCUGUACGAAGAAGUAACACGUAUGCCACCAUUCCGUAGAAAAACUUUGGUAUUAAUAGGUGUCUCCGGAGUGGGUAGACGUACUCUCAAAAAUCGUUUAACUAACAGUGAUCCUGAUCGUUUUGGUUAUGUUUUACCUCACACAACACGUCCCAAAAGAGCUUUGGAAGAGAAUGGCGUCUCCUAUUGGUUUGUAGAACGCGAAUGGAUGGAACAGGAAAUAAAAGAGAAUAGAUUUUUGGAAUAUGGUGAAAAUAAUGGCAAUUUAUAUGGCACUCAUAUACAAUCGAUUAAAGAUGUUAUUAAUAGCGGAAAAAUGUGUGUUUUGGAUUGUGCUCCAAAUGCUUUGAAAAUUUUACAUAAUAGUCAAGAGUUGAUGCCAUUUGUUAUCUUUAUCGGUGCUCCUGGUAUGGAGCAAUUGAAAUUAAUUUAUAAUGAACGUCGUGCAACGGGUUCUAAUAAAAAUUUAACGUUCGAUCGUCAGAGUUCCAUACGUUUUAGUUCCCGACGUGCUCGUACCUUGGAAUCCCUUGCAUCUCUAUAUGAGGAUGAUGAUUUAAUAGCCACCGUUGAGGAGAGUGCAUUUGUACAACGAAAAUAUGAGAAAUAUUUUGACAUGGUCAUAAUCAAUGAAGAUUUCGACGAUACGUUCCGUCAAGUGGUCGAAACUUUAGACGAAAUGAGCCAUCAAGAGCAAUGGGUGCCAGUUAAUUGGAUCUAUUAAACAUUUUCAAAAUAAAACAAAAAACAAACCAAUAAAAACAAUAUACACACAUUUUAAUGAAAACAAGAAACGAAUAAUUUUUAUUUAAAUAAAAAAAAAUAACUGCUGCUUCCUUUAUAAAAUGCUCUUAAAUGGCUAGCAAAGUGAAAAACAAUAUAAUUUAUGAAAUAAAAAACUGAAGUUUACUACUAUAAA